AUGACCGACGACAAAGCUGGCGCUACGGGCGGCGAGCUCACCGGACUGCAGUCGUCGAAGUCAAUUCACAGACUCAGACAGAUCUCAAAUCUACGUGCCCAUGGCAUCAGCGACAAUAUAGACUUGCCCCAGCUGGUAGUCUGCGGUGACCAGUCUGCCGGCAAGAGUUCGGUGCUGGAAGGCGUGACGGGAAUCCCAUUUCCGCGUGAUGAGGGAGUUUGCACAAAAUUUGCGACCGAAGUCAUUCUAGAGCAUGCUGAAGGCGCCCUCCUCGUCACUGCUACCAUCAUACCGCACAGCCUACGUGACGACAAGGAUAAAUUAAAGCUCCAGGCUUUUCACCGUACCAUCAAAGGCUUCGAUGACCUUCCCGAUGUCAUUGCAAAGGCUGGUACCCUCAUGGGCCUUCGUGGCUACGGCGAUAAUGACACUGGCCCGUCCUUCACUGAAGAUGUGCUCCGCAUCAAAGUCAUUGGUCCAUCUGGACUUCACCUAAGCAUCGUAGACUUGCCGGGCAUCAUAUCCGUCGCCAGCGAGGAGCAAACUGAAGCCGAUGUUGAGACAGUCCAGAGGAUGGUGGACUCAUACGUCGCAAAGCCACGCAUUAUCAUCCUCGCGGUCGUUCAAGCAAGCAAUGAUAUCGCCAACCAGAGUAUCAUUAAGAAGUCCAAGCAGUACGACGUCGUUGGACAGCGCACAGUCGGCAUCAUCACCAAGCCGGACCUCAUCAAUAUCGGCGCUGAGAGGAGGAUCGCCGCGCUUGCCAAGAACCAAGAUACGACCAAGCUCCAGCUCGGCUUCUACAUGCUCAAAAACCCGACACCAAAGGAGCGCGAAGGCGGCAUUACUCAACCUCAACGCGCCGAGAACGAGCUGCGCUACUUCCGAGCGUCUCCGUGGGCAGAGCAAAAGCUAGACUACAGUCGUGUCGGCAUCGACAGGCUGAAGCUUGCCAUGCAAUCACUGUUGGAGCAGCAUAUCGAGAAGGAGCUGCCUAAGGUCAAAGAAGAGAUCAGGGCUGCGAUUAGGGAUGCCGAAAGCCGUAUCAGCUCGUUACCGCCAGAGCGACCGACGACGGCUCAUAUCCGUUUCUUCCUUUCGGACAUAGCGAUGCAGUUUCACAGUCUCGCUAAUGCAGCUCUGGGUGGCGACUACCAUACAAGUUCAGCACCGUUCUUCGCGAACGACACCCCGGGAGCGGAAAUCCCCGCAUCAAGACUCCGCGCUGUAGUUCACGACCUCAACACGAAGUUCGCAGACCGCAUGAGGAAAUAUGGUGAAACGGUGAAAAUCGACAACACGCGAUAUGUUACGAACUCACCAAGCGCACGACCAUCCAAGCGCAGCAAGCUGUCCACGGCCCAAGCGUCGGAUGGGCCGCCUGUAUUGCCGAUGGACUCGCGGAAGACCCUCGAUCUGGAGGAUGUAUCUGGUGAAACCGAGUUCGUUUCAGAAAACGGCCAGCGAGUCGUCAACGAAGCUGGUCUGCGCGACUGGGUGAAGAAGGUGUAUCUUACAUCUCGCGGUCGCGAGCUUCCUGGUCACACCAACCACGCACUCGGCACUGAGCUUUUUCACCAGCAGUCGAAACGUUGGCUGCCUUUCGCUACCGAGCACGUCGAGCGUGUCUACGGUUACGUGGUCACCUUCGUCGGCAAAGCAAUCAAGUAUCUGAAAGUAGAAGGGCACGUAAUGGCCGAGAUCAAGGAAAUUAUCGACAUUGCUCUGGACAAGAGCAAGUCAGCAGCUGAGGAGGAACUAACGCGCCUGUGGGCUGACGAGGAGCAACAACAGCCAAUCACAUACAACCACUAUUACACCGACAAUGUGCAAAAGUCACGCUCCAAACGGAACCGUGCUUCGAAGAAGAAAUUAUUAGGAGGAUUCGAAGGAGGCGCUGAUGAUGUGGUCGAACCGGCCGCAAUUACUGACGGCAUGGACGACGAAACUCUGAGCGCCGGCUCCCAGGAUAUCCAGGUCGAUAUGGUGGAGCAGGCCUGCAGUCAAGCUUUAGAUGAGUUGGACUCUUACUACAAGACCGCACGGAAGACUUUCGUCGACAAUGUCUGCAAGCAGGUCAUCGAGCGCCACCUUCUGCGGCACCUGCCAGCAGCCUUCUCACCACAGAGCGUCGCCAUGUACAGCGAUGAGGAGCUUCAGCGGAUCGCAGGAGAAAAGUCGGACAUCGUGGAAACAAGGAAGCAGUUGCAGGAGCAGCUUGUAUCGCUGAACGCUGCGCUGGCUGAGCUGCGGAAGUAG